UUUCCUUCUACUGUAUAGGUAUAUCAGAUACAUAUCUUGCCCAUUCCAAGUUUGAAUCGUCUCAUUAGAUGAUGAUCACCGCAUGUCACCGGUCCCAACCGUUGCUUACGCAGCCCCACCAUCGCCACACCAAGUUGGAUGUUGGUCAGCGGCGGUGCCGUGGGAUGCAGUGAAGGAAUAAGUGAUAUCUUAUGGUAUGAUAGUAUGGUGCCUGUAUGAAAGGAUUUCCGCGCUGCCGUAAAUCAUCAUAGCCUCUUCCGUCUGCACCACCGCAUCAUCGCAUCAUCGCAACACCCACCACCAACUCCACCGGGCUAGUCCACGCAACUCAAUCGACUCUGACAAUGUCGGUCGGCAUACUUGGUGCAAGCAUCAUCCUCGAUGAACCUACCAAGAUUCACUGUGGUAGUCGCGAGCCAGUUCAGGGGCGCAUCAACAUCAGGUACCAGCGUGGUCCGGGGAACCCAAAUGCAGAGCUAUUCGGGCCUCUCCGAGUCAUCGUCGUUCUCCAUGGUCGCGCCAAAACGAAAAUCUGGAAGUCUAACGGCAAAAGCACCAGCAUUUAUCGUGGACGGGCACCACUUAUUCAUUGCGAGCAAGAAAUAUAUCAUGACUCAUUCAGAGCCCAGCCAGGCCAGAUGGAAUCAUUUCCAUUCAGCCUUAUUUUCCCCGAGGCCACCCAGUCUCUCCUAAGAGACGAUUUCAAGGAGGACCCCAGAUUCAACACGCUUCCGUGUCAGCCGCUGCCGCCAAGCUUCCGAAGUAACUAUCAUGGCUUCGCGCAUAGGUAUGAAUCAUUUGUCGAAUACCGUGUCGGGGUGAAUAUCGAAAUGCCCCAAUUGCGAGUGGAUGUGAACAAGCCGACCGAGGACCAAGAGCCCAUUGUUCACUACGAGCCCCCACGGAUUCCCGUAGACCAGAGCCGGAGUCAUAUCACUACCUGGAGUGGCUUCGCAGCAGUGAGGAAUGAGUUGCUCUUGCCAGAGUCAGAUCGACCAUCCGGCUUCAGGCAGAAGACGAAGGCUCUACUUGGCGCAGUUGAUUAUCCCAUAUAUUCCUUUGACUGGGAGUGCUCGGCACCUACUCACAUCCACCUUGGUCAGCCGGUUUGCUUUGAAGUCAGGAUAAAGCCUCGGGCAGAUCAGUGCACCGCACCUCUGAUACCCGAUGUUUAUCUGAAAUACUUCCGCAUGGAGAUCUCGGCCUUCACACAAGUUCGGGCAGAUAGGUCGAUAUUCACAUGUCCGCAAUCCGAGGGAAACUAUACAGUAUGCGAGAUGAUGGGUAUGAUAGACAGCCGACAGCCAUUCUCCAAAGCCAACGAUAACACGAAAUUCGUCAACACGGAAGCUAUCGGUACUGGACGACUAGGCGCAUUUGCCUCGUCUUUUACAACCUUCAACAUCGCGCAGACAUAUACGACGAAGAUCAGCUUUGCGUUUGAGCUCACUGACAAAGUGAGGCAUAUCGACAAAGAAUACCCCAUCCUCGUACACCCGCCACUUGAGGUCGCUCGCCAUCCACCACCUGCCGUAGCGGGGCCUUCCUCACAACCUGCCGGUGAGGAAAGUAAGAAUGCCGAUCUGCCGCAGUAUGAGCCUGCACCCCCAUAUGAGAAAAUGCCGACGAGCACCGAAUAGGAUUCUGAAACCAGAGCGCUGGGAUACUUACAAUCCGGAAACUGUGUAUAAUACCCCUGUCUCCACCAUUCAAGUGUAUUGUAGCUUAUAACCCAUCAUGUUAUAAGUAAUUUUCAUAGUAUUCAUAUCCCCUAUCAAUAUCGUAAC